AUGGCGGAAGCCGAAGCAGGGGGCCCCAGUGACUCGCCGGGGCUGGAGGACACAAACCAGCAGCAACAGGAGCUGCAGCAGCAGCAGCAGCAGCAGCAGCAGCAGGAUGAGGAGCAGCAACAAGAUGAGGAGCAGCAGCAAGAUGAGGAGCAGCAGGAGGGAGAGGGCGACGAAGACCCCAAGCAAGGCGAGGACGAGGAGGGGGGGGAGGAGCAGCAGCCGCAGCAGCAGCAAGACGACGAGGAGCAGCAGCAGCAGCAGCAGCAGCAGCAGCAGCAAGCAGCAGAAGACAGCGAAGAGGGCGGCAGCCGCAAGAAGAGACGGAGACACUCAAAGGGCGAGCGCAGCAGCAAAAAGAAGCGGCGGAAGAAAGAGCGGAAGAGCUCCAAGUCCAAAAGCAGCAGCAGCAGCAGCAGCAGCAGCAGCAGCAGCAGCAGCAGCAGCAGGCGGUCGCGGCAGCAGCAGCAGCAGCAGGAGAGCGCAGGCAGCAGCAGCGAAGACAGCUCUGAAGAAGAUGAAAUCGAAGACGAAGAAGAAGUGCUGCGGGAGGAAAUGAAAGGGUUUAUAGUUUCGGAAGCAGAAAGCGAAUCCGACAGCAGCAGCAGCAGCAGCAGCAGCAGCAGCAACGAGGGAGACGAAGGCACUCCGGCCUUAGACGAAGAUGACUUGGACUUGAUAGCUGAGAACACGGGGCUGCUGGUGGGGGCCAGCAGCCCCAGCAGCAGGAAGCAGCAGCAGCAGCAGCAGCAGCAGCAGCAGCAGCAGCAGCAGCAGGGCGACACGGACAACGAGGACGGCGCCGCGCAGCAGCAGCAGCAGUUCCGCCGCCUCAAGAAAGCAGCAGCAACCACUGCAGCAGCAGCAGCAGCAGCAGCAAAGCGGGGGCAGCGCAGCAGCAGCAGCGGAGAAGAGGAGGGGGCCCCCAGCAGCAGCAGGGGGGCCCCUGCUGCAGCAGCAGAACUCUUCGACGGGGCCUCCGAACCCGAAGAAGAAGCAGAAGAAGACACAGAAGCAGCAGCAGCAGCAGCAGCAGCAGCAGCAGGAUCUUCGCAGCGCCUCAACGACAUUUGGUCUCUUGUUUACGAUUGCUUCGGAGACAUCGACGCAGUCAUCAACAUCUUGUGUGAUAACAGGACUCGGCCUCGUGGGGACGCAGAGCUGCGGCGUUCAGAGGAGCGGAUGGCGUUUGAGGAGCGGCGUUCUGCUGCUGCUGCUGCGGGGGACUCUGCUGCAGCAGCAGCAGCAGCAGCAGCAGAAGACGAGUUUGCUGCUGCUGCUGCUCCCCGCAGCUGCUGGGAACGCCUUGGAGAACCUGAUGAGUUGGCCAAAGGAACUGCAACAGCAAGAGAUGCAGCAAUUGCUGCUGCUGAUUUGCCAGAAAGGCUGCAGCUGCGUCUCAAGAACAGGCCCAAACACAUCUCCCAG